AUGUUGCGACAGAUUUCAAGGGGAAUGCUGCCCGUUUUGGUGGCUCUGCUGGCGGUUUCUGGCACAGUGAGAGGCUGGAAACAGUCGUACGACGUGACCAACAUGGCGGCGAAUAAUUUCCCAGGCAGAAUGGUCGUCACUGAUUUCAAAAUCGUUGGCCGCGAUCGCCGCCUCAAUGGGACUAUGACGUUUCUCGAGGAUCUGUUUGACCAUCACAAGUUCACGCUGGAGCUGUACUCGAACUCGGGCAUUGGGGGCUACAAGCUGAUGCCCAUGGAGGUGCCUUCCAUGUCCUUCUGUUCGGCCAUUCGCACCUACUAUCCCCGCUUCAUCAAGAACUCAAUUCGCACGGGCGUCCACACGAACUUUGACUUCAAGGAUGGCAAUGUGUGCCCAGUGCCCAGCGGUACAUAUUGGAUUAAGGAUGUUCUAUUUGAAACCAAAGAUUGGGCAGCCAUUCUGCCGCGGGGACUGAUCAAGGCCAAGCUGACUAUCUUGGAUAAAGGCGAGAAGGUGGGCGGGGUGGAGAUCAUUGUGGACAUUAAGGAUAAAACGUUUUAA